AUGUUUAAAGAUGCAUAUACCUGGGUUGCUAAGUGUGACAAAUGUAAAUUCUUUACAGGAAAACCGCAGCUAGUUGCUUUACCUCUCAGACCAGUAGUCGUGGAAGAACCUUUCAAACAAUGGGGUUUAGAUUUCAUUGGUCCAUUGACACCACCCUCUAGCACUGGACACACACAUAUUCGUAUGGCCACAGACUAUUUUACUAAGUGGGUAGAAGCAGUACCUAUUAGGAGAACAACCUCAGAAGUACUAUGUGAGUUCAUAAAGGAAAAUAUUGUGGUUCACUUUGGGGUACCAUCGAAGAUAGUGACUGAUAAGGCUGCAAAUUUUUCCUCGUAUGAAAUAUCCAUGUUUUGUUAUGAUCAUGGCAUUUCUUUGGUGCAUUCCUCUGACUAUUAUCCGCAAGGUAAUGGUCAUGUAGAAUCCAGUAACAAAAAUCUGAUAAAUAUCAUGAAGAAAUUGGUCAGUGAGAAUGCUAAAGAUUGGCACAAAAGGCUAUAUGAAGCUUUGUGGGCAGAUAGGACUUCACCCAAGCGAGAAAUUAGUAUGUCACCUUUUGAACUUGUGUAUGGAGUUGGGGCUCAACUCUCACUUCCUCUUGAAUUGGCAGCUUCUAAAUUGCAAACAGUCAUUGAGGAUACGUAUUUUCAAAAUGCGUUGGAAAAGAGAAUUAUGUAUUUAAUCAAGAUAGAAGAGGAAAGGGAGAAGCUGGUCGAUCACAUUACAAAGCAUCAAUAG